UCUUCGCACUUUGUCAAUCUACAUGUACUUUAGUCCGUCAAGAAUCCUGCUACCCGUACCCAAAAUACACAAUGACUGUCAAGAAACACCAUGUAGCUUCAAAGCUCAAAUACUGGGACGACCCAGGUGACGGCUCCAAGCCCACGCCUAUCUUCAUUGGUAAAGGUCACAUCACCAAUAAGCGACCUCACAAGGAACAUGAAUUCACGAUAUCCGACGUCAGCGGUGAUGAGUCGCAGUACAAUCUAGACAGUCACGGCUUCCAGUGGUGCCAGCAUGCGAGCUAUGAGGACAUGUUCACAGACGACGAGCGCAUCAAGGCCGCCUAUUACCCCGAAUGCGAGCAGCUCAUCAAGACAACAACCGGGGCGAGAAAAGUGCACAUCUUCAACCACAAAGUCCGUCGCGGGCCGACACAAUGGCACCACCUGGGUCUGCAGAACCUCGCCAACCGCGGGCCCGUCACGCGGACGCAUGUCGAUCAGUCGUAUGACGGUGCCGAGCGACGUCUGCGGUGGGAGUUCCCCGCCGAGGCCGAUGCUCUCCUCGAGAAGCGUUAUCAGAUCAUCAACGUCUGGCGGCCGAUCCGCACCAUUCUCAAAGAUCCCAUUGCCGUGGCGGACUCUACCUCCGUGCCUGAUGCGGAUCUCGUCGGGGCGGAGAUGACUGAGGAUGGUUUCAUGGGGGAGUCUUGGGUUGUGCGUCACAACCCUUCGCAUCGGUGGUACUACAAGUUUGGCAUGACGCCGCAGGAUGUGUUGCUCAUCAAGUGCUUCGACUCGGAGGAGAAGGUUGCGAGACGCGCGCUGCACUCUGCGUUUGAGGACCCAGCCUAUCAGGAUUGUGACUCGAGGCAGAGCAUCGAGGUUAGAUGUCUCGUGCUGUACUAGCCUCAGCGAGCAAUUGCCAGAGAGGGUUGGUGGAACGCUCACGUUACAGCACAGGAUAACACCGCGGGGGCAAGUGAAAACAACGGCGGCUUCUUGCUUGAUAAGUGGAGCGAGGAAGACGUUGACCUCCAAUGCGUGUCUGGUAGCAUUUAUCGGGUAGCGACAGAGUCUGGCCGGGCUCUUUGUGGUUACAGUGAGGGGUCAUGAUAGUUGAGUUGAAUAGCGGCGGCAUAUCUACUCCUUCCUGGCA